GGGCGCACAACCUACCGUCUAAAUUUAGACUCGAUCUCGGUCAGCGCGUUGCCCCGCGGAGGAGCCGCAGGUCGCGCAGUCUGGGAUAUAAAGUUCACAGCGUCCUCCGCCCCAUUCACCACCGGCACCAUGCUGCGCACCAUGUCCUGACAACCGAUCGUCAGACACUGACCUUCCGGAGCAGAAAGAGAGCAUUCUCCUCCUGGGCACCAAAAUCCGACAGAGGACAGCAGCAGGAUGUCAAACGAGAACAAUUUCUUAACUCUCCCCAGUCGGCAGUCGGUUUUCACAGCCAUAAAGAAUGGAAGGACGCCCGAGGGAAGCUGCGUUUCUCCAGUGGAAGAUGAGGACGAGGAAGAAGUCGACGAGACCCGACUGAUCCCGAGGUCCUCACCGGUGCCCAGAAAACGAGGGCAAUCCAUCUUCGACGAGACGGCGGAGUAUAUGAAGAUGCGUAUGGGUUUGCCCAGCAGGAGAGUGUCCUUCGCCGACGCCGGGGGUAGAGAGCUGGUGCAGGUGAGGGAGUUUGUCGCUUUCGAGUCUAACGAAGGAGACGAGUCGGAGGAGGAGCAGGAGCAGGAGCAAACAACCGCACGAUACAGCCUACAUAAUAGCGAGCCUAUUAGUAUUUAUUCUGUGCGUCCGGACUUCCAUCUGCCAAACGAGGCUGAGUUGCUUCUUGCGGUGCGCAACAACAAAGUGCAGUUGGAAAAGGUGUCCUCCAUGGAGGACGAGCCUCUGGCAUUUACUGGGCUCAUCCGAGUGCUCAACAUCUCCUUCCACAAGUCUGUGUACGUCCGCUUCACUAUGGACGGCUGGAAAACUUUCUUCGAUUACCCCGCGGAGUACCUACAUGGCUCCAACAAACUGGAGACGGAUCAGUUCACCUUCAAGCUCUCAUUUGCGCAACCGUACAUCUUCCCCGGAGCUCGCAUUGACUUUGUCGUGCGCUAUGAGUCCGCAGAGGGAGAGUACUGGGCAAAUAACUGCGGGAAGAACUAUUCUGUGGUCUUGAACCUGACCUGUAAACAGCAGUCGGCUCUGGGCAAGGAGCCGGGUGAAGAAGUAAUGAAAGGCAUCUUGAAAGCUACUAGUUACAGAAUGGAAACUGACACUAAGGAAGCCAUGGAUGUAGAGAGUGAAGGAGGCAAUAUCAGGGAAAAGCCAUCCAGUGUGAGCGUGCUCCCGCGGAUCAUCCAACCUGAGAUUGAUGUUGAGAAUGUUGAUGACACCAUAUUCAGCCCUCCUUCCAAAUCCAGCAGAAUAAUUGAAUCGGAAGAUGACACAUUAACUUCUGUGGAGUCCGUCAAGGAGCAACCACCCUUGAUUUCUUCAGCCAUUGAGAAACCGAUACCUUUAACCAUCCAAUCGCCUGUUCCCAGGCCGGAAGCAGAGUCUUACCAGGAACCUGACCUUGAAAAAGAACAUUUGCUCACCUGGGAGAGUGGUAAUGGUGCAACAUCCCCAUUGAAUAUUUCCAGUAGCUCUCAGUAUGCCACUGACAUAGCACCUGCUGGUAGCUAUUUGGAACCUAACAGUAGUAUUAUCCAUUCCACAUCUGCCAAGUCAUCCCAAGUCACAGAAUAUGACCCACAAAUCUCAGAUGUUGUCAAAGUACCCUUACAACAAGACGAGGUCCAACCCACGACCAUAGUUUCUCAGUCCCUGGAUUCAAUGGACCCUGACAGGAAUAGCCAAAUUCAAGAGCAACAGACCAUUGCCCCUAGAGACUUUGGGUUACCAGAUGCAGAAGAGAGCAUUGUUGAAUUUAGGCAGGAAGUGGGUGACUGUGGUUCAAUGUCACCUGAGGAGACAAAGCAGUUCAUCAUUAUGGCAGAAGAAGAGGAAGUAAUGAAGAUUUCAGAAACUAGGCUGGGUUUGGAGAGUGGGCAGUCUGCCACAGGAGAAGAGCCUGGCACAGGGGCAUCAACUAUGGUGCCCACUACAUCUGGCACCUAUUUUGGAUCAGAUGGCAGGAGGAUCCAGUGCCAUGCUAACUCUGAUACUGAGUACACAUUCCCACCAAGCCAUCUCAGAAGAGACCUACAGCGUAAGAUGGAUGAUCCUGUUGGUAUUUCAGUAACGGAAGAUCUCAGACCCAUGGAUGAGGCUCAUGAUACCCCAGUCUACAAGCUUCUUAAGGAAAGAAGUAUGCUACAGUUUGGUAUCACAAGUGAAGCUACAGGUUCACAGGAUGUCACAGGUAAAAUUUCAGGGUUUUCUGAAGUCACUGUUGAGCCUGCAGAAUUGCAGAAUGUUUCAGGUGAAGUUACAGGAUCCCAGGACAUAGUUGAACUUGGAGGUUCAAACAAUGCCACAGCUGAAGUUGCCGGAUUACAGACUGUCUUAGGUGAAGGUUCAGAAUCGCAGGACAUCAUGGAUGAAAUCACAGGGUCACAGGAUGUCUCAGGUGAAGUUGCAGGUUCACUGGACAUAGCAGAUUUAGUCAGAGAAAUACAGAAUGUCACAAGUGAAGAUGCAGGAUUGCAACACAACACAGGCAACGUCACAGAAUUGCAAAAUGAAGUCACAGGUGUUCAGACUGUCACUGGUGUUACAGAAUUGCAGGACAUUGCAAGUGAAGUUGGAGAAUUACAGGACAUCACAAGUAAAGUCACAGAAUCACAGAAAGUCACAGGUGAAAUUGCACAAUGGCAAAAUGUCACAGGUGAAGUUGCAGGAUCACAGGGCCUCACAGUUAAAGUCACAGAAUCAAAGGACAUUGCAGGUAAAGCUGUAGGAUUGCAAAAUGUCAAAGAUGAACUCUCAAGAUUGCAGCACCUCACAGUUGAAGUCACAGGAUCACAGGACAUGACCGGUGAAGUCACAGAAUUGCAGAAUGGCACAGUUGAAAUUGAAGGAUCGCAUAAUGUCACAGGUGAGGCCGCAGGAUCACAGAACAUAACAGAUGAAAUCCAAGGAUUGAAAAUUGUCACAGGUGAAGUGACAGGAUUACAGGAUAUCACAGAUGAAGUCACAGAAUCAAAGGCCAUCGCGGGUGAAGUUGUAGAAUUGCAGAAUGUCACAAAUGAACUCACAAGAUUGCAGCACCUCACAGCUGAAGUCACAGGAUCACAGGACAUUGCAGGAGAAGUCACAGAAUUGCAGAAUGUUCCAGGUGAGGUUGCAGGAUCACAGGACGUCCCAGGUGAAGUCCCAAGACUGAAAUGUAUCACAGUUGAGGUCACAGGAACACAAGACAUAACAGAUGAAGUUGCAGGAUCACUGGGCAUCAGAGGUGAAGUCUCAAGCUCCCCAGGUGUCACAGGUGAAAUCACAUUGUCCGGCAUCACAGGUGAUGUCACAGGAUCGCUGUGCAUCACAGCCAAUCUCUUGUCCUCAGCACCUGCUGCUUCUAGCAUCAUUCUCUCAGCUGAAAAGAAUGAUAUCCCUGUUCUGGAUGAUAUUUUCACCUGUCACCCAGAGACGAGGGCCAUAACCCCUCAGAAAAUGGAUAGCCUGGGAAAUGAAGAGCUUUCAUUGAACCAACAGAUAUUCUUUGACAGUCUUGUAUCAGAGGUGACCAUGUCUGAAGUAUUGAUUCACCAGGCUUUGGUUAAAGCUUUUGUGACCUUGGUGAUUGAGGUCUGCCUGGUGACAGUUAUCACUAACCCCAGUACCCUCCUUAUUAUCGGGAUUUUCUUUAUGCUUUAUCUCCUCUAAGUUUUUAUUGGUAUUUUUUUUGGAAAGUGCCUUUUCACACUCGUUUUAUAAGCCUCCGUGUACCCACAUCACCUAACAAACACCAUGAUGGUUAUCAAAACAUUUACACAUGAAAAAAAUGACCAAAUGUGUUUUCACAUGAAGUACACAUACAACAAUAUGCCAGUAAGCAGUAUUUAAAGUUUGGUGUGUGAAUGUAUUUUGGAUAAGAUUAGUGUUACACAUUUUUGAAAAAUUUAUGAAUGAGAUUAGGGUGGAUACCUGAAAAAGUGCAACAGGAAAUGACCUAUAGGAUGUUUAUUUUGGGUUGAGCCAGAUGGUAUUAGGCGUUCUGGUGAGUAUUCAUCAAAAUGUAUGCCAAAUAAAACUUAAAGGUUGGUGGAAUGGCUCAAGGUAGAGACUUAGUGCCAAGUAAAGGUAAGGGUAAGAGAUGACAUUUAGAGCUCAGGGAGAAAGAAUGAAUUUAAUUACUUUGUAUGUCUGUUCUUCUGUCUGUUUUUGGACAAAUGGCAAUGUGUGUGUGUGUCUGUGUGUGUAUAUUGUAAGAGAAGGUCUUGAAAACACAAGUACACAAACACAAAUAUAUGAGUGUGUACGUAUUUGUGCUGGUGAGAAAGUAGCUUGCAUUUUAUGAAACAUUUCUGCAGGUGACUGUUGAAUAAUAUCUCAAAAUGGCGAAUUUAGUUCUAUAAAUGAGGCUUUAUUACAUAAAGUCUUUAGGCGUGCUGUACCAAAUGUUUUGUGAGAUGUGUAUAUAUAUUGAUUGAAAUUUCAUUAGACAAAAUGGUUCAUAGUGGCGUUUCUGAACUGUGCCUUUCUCCGUGGUCAGAGCUUUGUGGAAUGUUUAUGCAAGUUACAAUUGUUCAGCCAUUUUUGUCAUGACUUUCUAGUCGUGAAUUCAGGACAGUCAGCAAAGUAAAGUCACAAGUGUGUUACUGACGCUGAAGUGUAAUGAGGUGCCACCCAGGCUGCGAGGGGAUUUUUGCAGAAAUAUGCUACUUCUUUGCACAAAGUAAAUCCAGUCGUCUUGUGAGCGAUUUCAAACUUGCCCAAGAAGGGUAAUUGGUGGACUGUUGCAUCUAGGUUGGAAGAAGCCAUUCUGGUGUGGUCUCUGAAUCCCCAAGAAGAUGUAACUUGGUAUGUAGGGAGGACUAGAUAAUCACUAAUGAUCCUUAACCGGAAGCAGAUCGGCCUGGUAACACAGCUCUUUGGGUGCCACACAGGUACCAUAUAGAUGGCUGGUGGGGUAGGGGUCUGUUGUAUGGACAAUUUUGGGUCAAUAAAUUGUCAUGAAACUGGCUGUUUGUUUAAUGUUUAAAGAUCAUUUAAUUGCAAGGGUUAUGCAUGAUAAAUAUAUGGUUUGAAUAACACAGAAAACAUGUAGCCUAAUUAAAAUAGACAUUACAUAUCUGGCAGAUAGAAUGCACAUUGCAGUAUGAAUAUAGUGGUUGAAAAAAAUACUCGGAACCCAAAAACUGGAAAAGAUUAAAACAUUGCAGUGGGGUUUCAGCGUGGUUGGUGACUGCGGAUGGGAAUUAAACGGAAGUAGUUUAUGAAAGCAAACCGAGCCACUGACAUUAAGGAAAGGUCAGGCUACAGAAGACCAAGCCGUCACUGUAAAUCCAGGACACUGUCUUUUAUGCUACAUGAUUUGUAAUAAAAACUUAAUGUUUCAUUGUU